AUGGCUGUAUCUGCUUCAAUGAAAAAUUUGAUUGACACUGCACAUAUUAUUGAAUCGAAAGGCACACAUAAAUAUUCAAUUAUAUGGCUUCAUGGUUUUGGUGAUAGUUCAGAUGGUUAUAAAGAUUUAUUCACUCAGAUACAACCACCAAAUACAAGAGUUGUACUACCAAAUGCACCAAAACAAUUGAUCACAAUUCAAGGUCGUCAACAUAAUUUACGAAGCUGGUAUGGAGAAGAAGCAAAAGAUGCUCAGAAGGGUUUAGAACUAAUCGAAUCAAUAAAUGAAUUAAUCGAUGGAGAACUUAAACUGGUCAAAGAUGCAUCUCAUAUUAUUAUUGGUGGUUUUAGUCAAGGAGGUAGUUUAUCAUUGCUUGUUGGUAUAAAUUAUUCAAAACAACAAUUAGGUGGUGUUAUAUGUUGUGGUGGUGACGUUGCCUAUAAGGAUAAAAUAUCACAAUUUAUAAGUGAAUACGCAGCAAAAGUACCCAUUUUAGUAUAUCAUGGCAAAGACGAUGACCGAGUUAAAUGGGAUGAUACAAAAACUGGUCUUGACUUAUUAAAACAAAAUGGUCUAAAAGAUAAUAUACAAGUUGUAGUAGAAGACGGAGUUAAACAUACUAUCAGUGAAAAAGGAUUACAUUUAAUUGUUAUGUUUAUUAUUAAACAAUUUAAAUUAUAA